UCUUGUGCAACAGGAACCAAUAAAGAGUCUCACUAUUGUGCCGCUGACAAAACGGCCACCGAGGUUCUUAUGCCCUCGUGUACUGAUGGCGAUGUUGGUUGAUUAGCCCCUGCCAGUUUCCAGUUAUGCCAUUGAACUUGCUGUGCUGAUGUAAACGGAUCUAAUUUGAUGUGAAGGUCCUUGAUGAUGAUUUAGGCCCCCCCAUCUGCAAGAGACUAGCCAAGCAUAUCCCUGCACUUGUGAGACUCUCCAUUUGAGUCAAUGGAACUCCAAGGAGACGGCUAGCUGGUUCUUUGCAGGAUUGGGGCUGAAAUAUGGAGCACCGAGAAGAUAUAUUUACAAAAUUCCUUUUUGGCGCAUUACUGGAGAUAUGAUGGACCAGUGUUCCCAAACUUUUUACUAAGGUCUUUCUUCAGUGAGACUCAGCAGUAAUCUUUAAUGAUGGGAGACGUCCUCGCUUAUGAAGCCGAGUUACUUGGACUGGUGAAAGAGUAUUUAGACUUUGCAGAGUUUGAAGACACAGUGAAAAUGUUUACAAAGGAAUGUAAAAUAAAAGGGAAGCCAUUACCUAAAACAGCAGGUGGUUCCUUGAGAGAUUCAAAAGCUUUGAUUAUCCAGAAGGAUCUGCUUACAGCAUUUGAAGAUGGAGAUCAGAAAGUUUUCUUUGAACUUUGGGAGGAGCAUAUUUCCUCUUCUCUCCGAGACAAUGAACCUCUUGCCCAGAAGCUGGAGUUUUAUCUUCACAUCCACUUCGCCAUCUACCUCUUGAAGCACUCUUUGGGCAAGCCUGACAAAGCUGACUUUGAUGAAAGGAUUUCUCACUUUAAAACAUACCUGGAGACUAAAGGGGCUGCACUGAGCCAGACCACAGAAUUCCUCCCCUUCUAUGCUUUGCCUUUUGUUCCCAACCCCAUGGUCCACCCAUCCUUUAAAGAACUUUUUCAGGAUUCUUGGAUGCCAGAGUUAAAGACAAGGUUGGAAAAGUUCCUGUCUCUGACUCUCAAAGCCAGUCCUGCCCCAAGGCUUCUCACUUUAUACAAGGAGAAUGGACAAUGCAGCAAAGAAAUGUUGCAGCAGCUUCAUCAGCAGCUCGUGGAGGCCGAGCGCAGGAGCAUGACCUACCUGAAACGCUUUAAUAAAAUCCAGGUGGACUAUCACAAUCUCAUCGGGGUCACUGCUGAGCUGGUGGAUUCCCUCGAGGCCACGGUCAAUGGCAAGAUGAUCACACCAGAAUAUCUUCAAAGUGUCUGUGUUCGUUUGUUUAGCAAUCAGAUGAGACAAAGUAUAGCACAUAGUAUUGACUUCACAAGGCCUGGAACUGGAUAUUACUCUCUCAGCCCUUGUGAUGACGGAUAUGCAUCAACAAUGUUAAGAGCAUCUUUAGCCCCUGUGAAAAUGCAGGAAGUGCCAUUGUUACCUUCUUUGGAUUAUGAGAAGCUGAAGAAAGAUCUGAUCAGCGGGAGUGAUCGUCUUAAAGCUUUCUUAUUGCAGGCUCUGCGCUGGCGCUUGACGACGUCUCAUCCCGGUGAGCAGAGAGACACCGUCCUGCAGGGUUAUAUCAGCAAUGACCUACUGGAUAUCCACAACAGUAACCAGCGAAAUGUGCUAAAAUUGCUACAUUCCAAGAGUGAGGUGGUCCGACAGUACGUGGCGAGGCUUAUCAAUGCUUUUGCUUCGCUGGCAGAAGGUCGGCUCUACCUUUCCCAGAACCCAAAGUUGCUGCGAGUGCUGGAGGAAAGGCUGAAAGCUGAAGACAAGGAUUCCCUUACACGGGAGAAUGUUCUGGGGGCUUUGCAGAAAUUCAGCCUCAGACGUGCCUUGCAGACGGCUAUGAUCAAUGACGGGCUCAUUUUCUGGCUGGUUGAUGUGCUAAAGGAUACGGAUUGCCUGUCAGAUUACACGCUGGAAUAUUCUGUCGCCUUGCUCAUGAAUCUUUGUCUCAGGAGUUCAGGGAAGAAAAUGUGUGCGAAAGUUGCGAACCACGUGCUCAAAGUUCUCUCUGAUCUCCUUGGCCAUGAGAACCAUGAGAUACAGCCAUAUGUGAAUGGAGCGCUGUACAGCAUUCUUGCUAUCCCUUCCAUACGAGAAGAAGCCAGAGCAAUGGGAAUGGAAGAAAUUCUGCGGUGCUUCAUCAAGGAAGGAAACGCCGAGAUGAUCCGGCAAAUUGAAUUCAUUAUCAAGCAACUCAAUUCAGAAGAGCCAUUGGAUGAUAGUGUGGAGUCUGAUGAUGAAGAGGAGGAUGAAGAUGAUGAAGAGGACCAUGAUACAAUGGAGGCUGAUCUGGACAAAGAUGAGGUGUUACAGCCUCAGCUGGGAGAUCUAUCAGGAGAGAAGCUGCUGACAACAGAGUAUUUGGGAAUAAUGACCCAUACACCAAAAGUGAAGAAGAAGCUGUUUCCUGGUGUCCAUCAAAGCAUAGAUGAGCCUCUCCAGAGACCAGUCACCCCGGGCUAUCACAGAGCUGCAUACCCAACGCCAGAAAAUGAUGCCAUUUCUUCCCAUGGCAGGGACGGCAAAUUCCAGUCUAUGCAUAACUGUCGUCCUCCCACUCGUAGUGGCAGCAGGUCCAGCACUUCCGACUUUUGUAUUUCCUCUGCAGCAAUUGAAACAGACUCAUCUAAGGUAUUCUCAGCGGAUCAACACGUCCCAGCAGUUACUGAAGUCCUGUCUGCCCGAUCCACUGAUUUUGUCCAGGACAAAGUUAAUGGGCAAUCAUACAGCAGCGAGUUUUCCUCUGCCUUCACCGGUAAACGUAGGGUCCUGCGCACUCCCGAAGUGCAGAGUCCCAGUCCUCGAAAGGGAAAAAUCCCAACCAUUGCACCACAGUUCUCACAGUCUGGACCCCAGCAAACAAGCCGGCCCAGCUCUUCGGGAUCAUCUACAAGAAGCAGGCAGAGCAGCCAGUCCUCCAGGAAGUGAGAGCAGUUCCUUUCUUCAUCAACCACCUGGCUUAUCCUUUAAGGACACAGGUAGCAUCCUGUAACAAGACUCCUAGCUUCACUGGCAGCAGCCCCGGAGGAGAGUGAGGUUAUCAACACUCCACUGCAUAUGCCUUGCACUGUGAUUCAGGGAUUAUCUGAUGGGAUGUGUCCCCUAUUGGUUAAAACAAGAGACCUUCUCAGGAAUCACAAUUUGGGUAGCAGCGCCACUCCAGCAGCAGACGAGGACUGGUUGGAUAGAUGUACACAAUCCAAUUAUUCCUAAUAGUUUAUUCUGAAGCGACAUUGCUGAAUAGAAUUAAACAGAGUGUGUGUGUGUGUGUGUGUGUGUCUCCCCCCCCCCCCCCCGAGGGACUGCCCUGGGGAGAAGGUCCACAGGGCUGAUGUAAUGAGCUGGCUGAAGUGUACUGUUUACAUGUUGUUCACUGGACCAAAUUCUGGACCUGCUUUUAAAACUAGCCCUUGGUUUAUGAGCUGAGGGGAUGGAACAUCUAUGUACAGGGAAACUUCAGCAGCCAAGAAAGACCAUGUGUCUGGUUCUGUGCUGACUAAUGCCCCAUGCAAUCCUGUUCACUUCAUGGGGCUUACAUGCAUGUAAGUGAGCUCUGAAUUUGGCCCGCUGAGAUUUGUGCUGGGUGCUUGGUCGACAGGGAUCCUAGUCUUCCGUGAUUAAAAACCCCCAAAUUCUCCUAUAAAAAAUAUUAAAAAUCCGCCUUUUUAUGUGAUGAAAAUGAAACACUGAAUUUAGUUUCCCAAGUCACAAUAUCUACAGGUAUCAGUUGAACACGAUAUUUUAUUGCUAUAUUUACAAUUUGUAAGCGAGUUCGAAGCCUACCAGUGCCAUCAGUUCUUAAAAUAAAAUAAAAUUAAUAGCACUGCAAUUUGUAUUUUUUGCAUAUCCCAGA